ACAAAUGAUGCUGCAGGAAAUACCUGGAACUGGCUUUACUUCAUCCCUCUCAUCAUCAUUGGCUCUUUCUUCAUGCUCAACUUGGUGCUGGGUGUCUUAUCAGGUGAAUUUGCCAAAGAACGAGAGAGGGUAGAAAAUCGUCGAGCUUUCCUGAAACUCCGUAGGCAGCAGCAAAUUGAACGGGAACUAAAUGGAUACUUGGAGUGGAUCUUCAAAGCAGAGGAGGUCAUGCUGGCAGAGGAAGACAAGAACGCAGAAGAGAAAUCUCCUCUGGACGGGAGGGCCGCCUCGGAAGGGCCGAUUCAACAAGGCACGGCACCGGCAGAGACUAGCAGCGGCAGCAGCUACAACAUGUUGAAAAGAGCUGCAAUAAAGAAGAGCAAAAAUGACCUGAUUCAUGCUGAAGAAGGGUCUCCUUUUGCCCGUGCCAGUUUGAAGAGUGGGAAGAACGAGAGCUCAUCCUACUUCAGGAGGAAAGAGAAAAUGUUCCGGUUCUUCAUUCGGCGCAUGGUGAAAGCUCAGAGCUUCUACUGGAUCGUCCUCUGUGUGGUCGCCCUCAACACGCUCUGCGUCGCGAUGGUGCACUACGACCAGCCGGAGAAGCUCACCACUGCGCUGUAUUUCGCAGAGUUUGUUUUCCUGGGUCUGUUCCUUACUGAGAUGUCUUUGAAGAUGUAUGGACUGGGGCCAAGAAAUUACUUCCACUCUUCAUUCAACUGCUUUGACUUUGGGGUCAUCGUGGGAAGUAUAUUUGAAGUUAUUUGGGCUGCAGUGAAACCGGGUACCUCAUUUGGCAUCAGCGUAUUGAGAGCUCUUCGACUGCUGAGGAUCUUCAAAGUAACAAAGUACUGGAAUUCCCUGAGGAAUCUCGUGGUCUCCUUGCUGAACUCCAUGAAGUCCAUCAUCAGUUUGCUCUUCCUGCUGUUCCUGUUCAUUGUGGUGUUUGCUUUGCUGGGGAUGCAGCUCUUUGGAGGACAAUUCAAUUUUCAAGAUGAAACACCAACCACGAAUUUCGAUACCUUCCCUGCCGCCAUCCUCACAGUAUUCCAGAUUCUGACGGGGGAAGACUGGAAUGCGGUGAUGUACCACGGGAUAGAGUCGCAGGGUGGUGUCCGCUCGGGGAUGUUCUCCUCCAUUUACUUCAUCGUCCUGACCUUGUUUGGUAACUAUACGCUCCUGAACGUCUUCUUGGCUAUCGCUGUUGACAAUCUGGCAAAUGCCCAAGAGCUGACCAAGGAUGAGGAGGAGAUGGAGGAAGCCACCAAUCAAAAGCUCGCCCUGCAAAAGGCCAAGGAAGUGGCAGAAGUCAGCCCCAUGUCUGCAGCUAACAUUUCCAUAGCCGCCAAGCAGCAGAACUCCUCCAAAUCCAAGUCCGUUUGGGAGCAGAGGACCAGCCAGAUCCGUAUGCACAAUUUCCGAGCCAGCUGCGAGGCACUGUACAACGAGCUGGAUCCGGAGGAGCGGGUGCGGUACGCUACCACCCUUCACAUCAGGCCAGACAUGAAGACUCAUUUGGAUCGGCCACUGGUGGUAGAGCCAAGGGGCGAAGGGAGGAACAACAUCAGCAAGCUGAGCCCCGUGGACGUGCAGGAGGUGGAGCAGACCAAAGUCAGCUCUGCUGAUGGGGCAGAAGCUCCACGAAAGCACCACCGGCAUCGGGAUAAGGACAAACUGGGAGAGCAAGAGAAGGGUGACGUGACCAAGGAUGAGAACGGGGAAUCUGGUGCCAACAAUAAGGAGGAGCGGCACAGGCAGCACAGGAGCCGCAGCAAGGAGGUGGAAGGGGGGAGUAAGGAAGGGAAAAGUGAUCGCAACAGGAGUCAGGAAGGGGGAAGGAGGCACCAUCGCCGAGGGUCGGUGGAAGAGGGUGCCGAGAAGGAGCACCGUAGGCAUCGGACUCACCGGCACUCUGCCGAACGGCAAGGCAAGGAAGGCAACGGGACAAUCAAUGGGGCCAGGAGCGAGCGACGUUCCCGACACCGGGGAGGGUCGAGGUCUGGGAACCGGGAAGGAGAGCCUGGGUCCAAGGGCGAGAAUGGAGAAGAGCCUCACAGACGGCACAGGUUCAGGAACAGGGCGCUGUCGACGUACGAUUCGGUGGAGAAGGAGAACGGGGAGAAGGAGGGGGAGGCUGGCGAGAAGGAGCACCGGAAUCAUCAGCCCAGGGAGAAUCAGUGUGAGAUUGAGGCUAGUGGAAGUGUGAGUGUCCCUGUGCACACCCUUCCCAGCACCUAUCUGCAGAAAGUGCCGGAGCAGCCAGAAGAUGCUGACAACCAGAAGAACGUGACGCGGAUGAUUCAGCCACCUCUGGACAAAACCACCACUGUGAACAUCCCUGUCACUAUCACUGCCCCGCCGGGGGAAACCACUGUCAUACCAAUGAACAACGUUGAAUUUGAAAGUAAAUCAGAGGAGAAGAAAGACGUCGAUGACUUGACGAAAAAUGGGCCUAAACCAAUCUUGCCUUACAGUUCCAUGUUUAUCCUAAGUCCUACAAAUCCGAUUCGACGUCUGUUCCACUACAUUGUCAACUUGCGCUAUUUCGAGAUGGUCAUCCUCAUAGUUAUAGCCCUCAGCAGCAUUGCCCUGGCUGCAGAAGACCCUGUCCAAGCCGAGUCACCGAGGAAUGAUGCUCUGAAAUACUUGGAUUAUAUAUUUACGGGUGUCUUUACCUUUGAGAUGGUGAUCAAGAUGAUUGACUUGGGGCUGUUACUCCACCCUGGCUCCUACUUCCGUGACCUGUGGAAUAUCCUGGACUUCAUUGUGGUCAGUGGGGCCUUGGUGGCAUUUGCCUUCUCAGGAACCAAAGGCAAGGACAUCAACACAAUCAAGUCACUGCGAGUUCUGCGGGUCCUAAGACCGCUGAAGACCAUUAAACGGCUGCCAAAACUAAAGGCUGUCUUUGACUGCGUGGUGAAUUCCCUGAAGAACGUCCUCAAUAUCCUCAUAGUCUACAUGCUCUUCAUGUUCAUUUUUGCCGUCAUCGCUGUGCAGCUCUUCAAAGGCAGAUUCUUCUACUGCACCGAUGAGUCGAAGGAGCUGGAGAAGGACUGCAGGGGUCAGUACCUCGAUUAUGAAAAAAAUGAGGUGGAGGCACAGCCCAGGGAAUGGAAAAAAUACGAGUUCCACUACGACAACGUGCUCUGGGCUCUGCUCACACUCUUCACCGUCUCCACGGGCGAAGGGUGGCCAACUGUGCUGAAGCACUCGGUGGAUGCUACCUACGAGGAACAGGGUCCCAGCCCUGGCUACCGAAUGGAAAUGUCUAUCUUUUACGUGGUGUAUUUUGUUGUCUUCCCUUUUUUCUUUGUGAACAUCUUUGUGGCGUUAAUCAUCAUCACCUUCCAAGAGCAAGGAGAUAAAGUGAUGUCAGAAUGCAGCCUCGAGAAAAACGAGAGGGCCUGCAUAGACUUCGCCAUAAGUGCCAAGCCACUGACCCGCUACAUGCCUCAGAACAAGCAAUCUUUUCAGUACAAGAUGUGGAAAUUUGUGGUGUCCCCUCCCUUUGAGUAUUUUAUCAUGGUCAUGAUUGCACUCAAUACCAUUGUCCUAAUGAUGAAGUUCUAUGAUGCUCCAGAAGCAUAUGAAGAAAUGUUGAAAUGCCUGAAUAUUGUGUUUACAUCCAUGUUUUCAAUGGAGUGUGUGCUGAAGAUCAUUGCCUUUGGUGUGCUGAAUUAUUUCCGAGAUGCCUGGAAUGUCUUUGAUUUUGUAACAGUGUUGGGAAGUAUUACUGAUAUUUUAGUAACAGAGAUUGCGGACACGGACAACUUCAUCAACCUCAGCUUCCUGCGGCUCUUCAGGGCAGCGAGACUGAUCAAGCUCCUUCGCCAGGGUUACACUAUCCGUAUCUUGCUCUGGACGUUUGUGCAGUCUUUUAAGGCCUUGCCUUAUGUGUGUCUCCUCAUUGCAAUGCUCUUCUUCAUCUAUGCCAUUAUUGGCAUGCAGGUAUUUGGAAACAUUGCACUAGAUGAUGAAACCUCCAUUAAUCGGCACAAUAACUUCCGCACCUUCCUCCAAGCCCUGAUGCUUCUGUUCAGGAGCGCCACGGGGGAAGCCUGGCACGAGAUCAUGCUGUCGUGCCUGAGUAACAGAGCCUGCGACCCGCUCUCCGGCCUCACCAAAAACGAAUGUGGCAGCGAUUUUGCCUAUUUCUACUUCGUGUCAUUCAUUUUCCUGUGCUCCUUCCUGAUGUUAAACCUGUUUGUGGCUGUGAUUAUGGACAAUUUUGAGUAUCUGACAAGAGACUCCUCCAUCCUUGGGCCCCAUCACUUGGAUGAGUUUGUUCGUGUCUGGGCUGAGUAUGACCCAGCUGCCUGUUGCCGGAUUCAUUAUAAGGAUAUGUACAAUUUGUUACGUGUAAUUGCUCCACCCCUGGGCUUAGGAAAGAAGUGCCCUCAUAGGGUGGCAUACAAGCGCCUGGUGCGGAUGAACAUGCCGAUAUCGCCUGAAGAUUUAACCGUCCACUUCACGUCCACGCUGAUGGCCUUGAUCCGCACUGCCCUAGAAAUCAAAAUCGCCUCAGGGGGUGUUAAACAGCACCAGUGUGAUGCUGAGUUGAGAAAGGAGAUCUCACUGGUCUGGCCCAAUCUGUCCCAGAAGGCUCUGGAUUUGCUGGUGCCUCCUCACAAACCUGAUGAGAUGACUGUGGGGAAGGUCUACGCUGCGCUGAUGAUAUUCGACUUCUACAAGCAGAAUAAGAACAGCAGGGACCAAGGCCACCAGCCGCCUGGAGGCCUGUGCCAGCCCGGACCGGUGUCACUCUUCCACCCUCUGAAGGCCACUUUGGAGCAAACCCAGCCGGCAGCAUUCAACAACGCAAAGGCGUUCCUUCGCCAGAAAAGCUCAGCCUCACUCAACAACGGGGGCGCGUUACCAGCCCCAGAGGGUGGGAUCAAAGAAUCCAGUUCUUGGGGGACCCAACGCACCCAGGACGUGUUUUAUGAAACCAGGACACCAGCUUUUGAACGAGGCCACUCAGAAGAAAUUCCCAUUGAACGGGUGGUAGAAAUGAGGGAAAUCAGCCCCACACUUGCCAACGGAGAACACCAACCAGGCCUGGAGAGCCAGGGGCGGGCGGCUUCCAUGCCACGCCUGGCCGCUGAAACUCAGAGGAGCAAAGCACGGUCACCUGGGAGUUACCUAGCACCCAUCCCGGACACGAGCCCCAUGAAGCGCUCCGUCUCCACGCUGACCCCGCAGCGUCCUCAUGCCAUGCACCUCUACGAGUACUCCUUGGAGCGCAUGCCACCAGAGCAAGGGCACCACCACCAUCACCACCGCUGCCACCGGCGGAAAGAGAAGAAGCAGAAGUCCUUGGACAGGUCCCCCCAUCAGCUGGCCGAUGGAGAAGCUGUGGCCCAGUCUGGUGAGUCUUCCUGCAAGGACAAGAAGCAGGAACGCGGCCGGUCCCAAGAGAGGAAGCAGCACUCUUCCUCCUCCUCCGAAAAGCAGCGCUUCUACUCCUGCGACCGCUAUGGCAGCCGGGACCGUUCUCAGCCCAAGUCUGCUGAUCAGAGCAGGCCCACCUCGCCCAACGGAGGGCCAGAACAAGGUCCACACAGACAGUGGUUCAGUUAAUGGGAGCCCCUUGCUGUCGACAUCUGGUGCUAGUACCCCAUGCCGGGGUCGGAGGCAGCUCCCACAGACUCCACUAACCCCACGCCCCAGCAUCACUUACAAGACCGCUAACUCCUCGCCCG